AUGGCUAUGGCCCCCAAGGCCGAGAUCCCGCUCUACCACCAGAACAAGCUCGGCGGCUCGCGCGCGUGGUCGACGAGGCGGAGGAGGUCCGGGGCCGGCGGUAGCUCCAAGAGCAAGAGGAAUGUCGGGGGCAGCCUCUGCUGGUCGGUGCUGGUCGUCGGCACCCUGGUGUUUGUGGCCUUUGGCCUCGGCACGUUCACGGGGAUUGAGCUCGCCCAGGCUCCCGGCGGGUCGGGGACGUCUUUGCAUAACGGCAACCAUGCACCAAGGGGCAGCUUCAUGCCGAAUCUUGAGCACCCCAGUGGGCAGGAGCAAGUGGGCGGGGGGGCGGGGGGGCGAAAUAAGAGAGAGAAACCGGCCCCACUGCCGCCUUGGAAGGCGCAGGCGAGGGGGGGUGAUCAUCAGGUGCGGCCUCCGGCGGCACCAGGAGGCGGUGACGAGGGAGGGGGGGGUGGGGCAGGGGUGGGCUUGACGAUGCCGUGGCUGCACGAGCACUCGUUCCACGCUAGGGAGGGGGCUUACGUCACUGUAGGGGAGAGAAGCUUGGCCUUCGACAACUCUGAAGAGGUGACGGUUUCGGCGUGGAUCCACGUGGACCGCGAGAUGUCAGACAUCAAGACCGUCCUGGGGAACAAGAUGUCCGGCUGCGGCUCCGACGCCCUCGGCUUCGCCCUGUACGUGAACGAUUGGAACAAGAAGGACGGGCAGCUGUGGCUCGAGUGGGGGGACGGUGCCCUGGGAUGUCAUAAGAUCCACUCCAAGAAAAAAGUGCCGGUCGGCCAGUGGGUGCACGUGGCAGCCAGGUUCGACAGCGAGGGGGAAGAGGGCGGGAAGGUUUCCGUCUUCAUGGACGGCAAUCUCGUGGCGUCCCAGGCGGGGUCGCGACGGCCCGGCAGCCGCGAGGAAUUUGCCAUCGGCGCCUUCUCGAACGGUGACUUCCCCUUCGACGGGAGAAUAGGCGCGGUUACCAUGUUCGGCGGUGCUCUAACCGACACCCAGGAGCAGAUUCAGGAUCUGGCGCAGCGAUCGGAGGACUCGCUAAUCGCCCAGGCGGUGGAGCAGCCGUCCCUUAAGGAACACUACGUGAACCUUCUGCUGGCGUUGCAGCUUGACGAGGCGUUUUCGGCGGAGAGGGAAAAGGACGGCGCGGAGGCCUUGCACGCGAACGGUACCGGCCGGCUGGAGGGCGGCACCUACCACUUCAUGCACAUGCAGGAGCCUCCGAAGGUGGACCAGAACCUCAAGGACGGAAUCUCCGCACAUGACGCGACACCGCAAUCGAAGGAAGAGAGCGACCGGAAGGGACGAGAGAGGGCGGCCAAGGUGAAGGAGGCCAUGCAGCACGCCUGGAAGGGCUACGAGCAGCACGCCUGGGGCGCAGACGAGCUAGCGCCGAGAGCCAAGAAGGGGAAGCAGCCAUGGGGGGGCAUGGGCGUGACGCUGGUGGACUCUUUGGACACGCUCUGGUUGAUGGGCAUGAAGGAGGAGUUCUACAGGGCACGGGACUGGGUGAAGGACAAGCUGACUUUCUCCCACGCGUCCGAGGUCAGCGUGUUCGAGACCACGAUUCGAGAGCUGGGAGGUCUGCUCUCGGCGUAUGACCUGUCGAAGGACGAGAUCUUCAAGACGAAGGCGAUUGAGCUCGCAGACCUGCUGCUACCGGCGUUCGACACGAACACGGGUAUCCCGACGGCACGGGUCAGCUUCCGAAGUCACAAGAACUCCGGCGGCUCCAAGUCGGUGCUGGCGGAAAUCGGCACGCUACAGGUCGAGUUCCGGUACCUGAGCAAGAUCACGGGCAUACCCAAGUACGCGGACAAGGUGAACAAGGUGUUCGACCACAUGUACGGCCUCCCGUCAAAGGACGGCCUUUACCCCAUCUUCGUCAACCCGUCCAACGGACAGACAGUCGGCUCACAGGUGACCUUUGGUGCUCUCGGAGAUUCCUUCUACGAGUACCUGUUGAAGGCGUGGCUGCAGGGGGGCAAGACAGAGACCAAGUAUAGGACCAUGUACGACCGUGCGAUGGACGGGAUGACAAGCAAGCUGCUCCGCAAGAGCGAUCCCAGCGGACUGACGUACGUGAGCGACUUGAGCGGCUCCAAGAACGUGGAUAAGAUGGAUCACUUGGUGUGCUUCUUGGCGGGGACCCUGGCGCUCGGUUCGAAGACCACGGACGACCCCGUGAGGGCGGACAGGGACCUCAAGACCGCCAAGGCUUUGGCCUACACCUGCUACCAGAUGUACGAACGGCAGAAGACCGGGCUCGCUCCUGAGAUGGUCACCUUCGAAAAGGGAAAGGACAUGGUCGUGCCUCCGAAGGCGGCGUACAACAUCUUGAGGCCAGAGACCGCGGAGGCCCUGUACGUGUUGCACCAGAUCACGGGGGACCCCAUCUACCGAGAUUGGAGCUGGAACAUUUUCCAGGCGUUCGAGAAACACUGUCGAUUGCCCGUGGCUUUCGGGUCCUUCCCCAACGUGAAUGACCCCAAUAGGCAGCCGGAGGACCGGAUGGAAUCAUUCUUCUUGGCGGAGACGCUCAAGUACCUCUACCUCAUUCAAGACCCGGAUCAAAAGGAAAGGCGUGCGUGCUGCUGCUUGUUUGUUUUGUCUGUCUCUCGUGUUGUGUGUGGCGUGGCUUCGACGCUGGCAAUCAUUCGUAGGCUUACGAUUCGACAUGGGUUGCUUUGUUUAUUCCGGCUCAGAUUGGGUGCCAUCGAGUUCCGUACUUGCCCGAUGCGAGAUGGCUUGGCAAGACUCACGCCAAGCAUAUCAGAUAUACCGAGGAGUGGCAGAGCGCUUUUGAGAUGACGUCUCCCCCCUGACAGUGUGGAGUGACAUCGGAGUAGGGAGGGACAUGUACUGGCUCGAGGCGAAAGCGCGGGAGGCGUUUCACUCUGAGAACAGAUGCAUGCGUCGACUGCGUCGACCGAUUGUUAGUUUCGCGGGUGAUCGUGCGCAAAGCACGCUCAUGCCUGUGUAGAAAGAAAGAAGCACGCCCAAUCUGACGGAGGUAGGUCUCCGUCCUGCCGCCGAGUAGGCCAUGAAUCGAGCUCAUCGCACGUUGCCGCCAGUUAUGUGAAGGCCCUUGUAUUUGUUUUCAUGCAACCCAUUUCCGGUUUUUCUUUCUCUUUUUUUUGUCGCUUGAGAGGUUCGUUAGCAUUCGGUUGCGGGGAUAGGGGACGGGUUGCUGGACAAGCUAAUACUCGUAUUCCUGGCCUUAGCGACGUAGUCUACUCAUUCUUCGGCUACGCUCUGUGUGACUUGUUCAAGGGUUAAUUCCUUUGGAGUGGUGUCCAUAUUUUCUUGUCAUCUUUGGAGGUGUGAUACAUCUUUUUGUGAAGAACGAGAUAGAUAGCGGUGUGGAAAUCGACCACGCCUGACUCCGUUCAUGCUGGCCUCUCUUGUCGCCUCGUCUUGGUCUUCUGUUGUUGUGGCGUGCGGGGUCGUACUAAUAGUUAAAGAAGUAUAGUAAAAAGUAGCACUCAAGCGUUCGGCGUGUAGAUGGCAGCACCGGCACCAUGUGACCUUAAAGGUCGACCGGCGACAGCAAUGACGGCUUGUGAGACACUUCGUAAUAGUAGAUAGACCAACUUGCUUGGUCGCCUCAUGAAGGUAUCAACAAACCACCGCCAAAUGCUUUUCUUAGAAAAUCUUGCCUAGAACGGCACGUCCUCUGUGUUCUUAUUUCCGAUGUGGGAACCGCGCCACAGACAUUUGAGGCUUCUCAGGGAACAUGCGUUCCGUGGGUGUCGGUUCGGCUGUGCCAACCGCCUUACUCGUUAGCGACGUGUGCCUGGUACCCCCGCAGUUUUCUGAUUGAUCAACAAACCUUGCGCCGAUUUUUUU